GAUAAAAAAACGAGAAUUGAGUGUUUACUUUUCGAACAUCACAAUUCGUAUGAAUAAAACCGUAACAGUCAAGUAAACACUCCGAAAACUUUGAGUGUGCCUCUAAGCAGACUCAGACCGCACUUCGCAAGGGAUCGUUUGGAGAAUUACGUAAAAUUUAAGUUUAUAAGGCAUACAUCAAUAUGUACUCUGGGGAUUUUUUUAAUCUACCAUUUCAACCAGUUGUCGAUGUUGAUGGUAUUUAUACGAGAAAUCGCGCAACAAAAAUAUACAAAGGGAUACGCAUAGGUGACGAUGACAAUUUCAAGCAACUAUACAGAUUCUCCCGCGAAAACGUUGAUCAUUUAGCACAAUUUUUUUUAGGAAACGACAAUGAAACUAGAGGUGGAGCUCUCGGGGACAUCCAGCGAAUGAAAUGUUUCUUGCGUUACUUGGGAGACCCCGGAUUUCAGGUUGGAGUUGGAGAGGAUCUGGGUAUCCACCAAACAACGGUAUGCAAAACUAUAUGGGCUGUGUGCAAGGCAAUUGUUAUCAAAGCCAACGAUUGGAUUCGUUUUCCACAGACGACACAAGAACUGGAACAUGAAAAGAAAGUCUGGUUGUCCAAACAUCGAAUGCCCGGUGCAAUCGGGGCUAUAGAUUGUACCCAUAUCCUGAUAAAAAGACCCAAUAUCUACAAGGAUGAGUUCAUUAAUAGAAAGGGGCUCCAUUCUUUCAACGUACAAGCGACUUGCAAUGCCAAAGAGAUUUUUACAAGCAUUGACUGUAAAUGGGCUGGUUCCGUUCAUGACGCUCGUAUAUGGCGGAACUCCGAAAUAUUGAAAAUUAUGCAGCAAAACGGAUCCGGUGCUCUACUGUUGGCUGAUGAAGCAUACCCUUUAGCACCGUGGACGAUGACCCCGUAUCGAAACCCAGUAACUGCUGGCCAAAAACAGUACAAUAAGAUACAUACUCAAGAAAGAGUUAUUAUUGAAAGAUGUUUUGGUCAAAUAAAACAAAGAUUCCCUAUUCUGCAAUCUAAGGUACGCGUGAGCACUGAGCGUAUUCCAAGAAUGAUUGCAGCUUGCUUCGUUUUGCAUAAUGUUGCAAAAUAUGUUAAUGAUACUGACUUCGAACCAUAUUCAGAUUCGACCAAUUGCGAAAUAAAUCAAAGUUUGUUCGAAAUUUCUGACACGGCUGCAAACACAGUACUGCAACGUGGGAAACAACGUCGUGAUGCUAUAGCUUCGUUUCUAUUAGCCAGAAAUUAGAGCGUAAGAAACAAAAACCGGUAAUAACUGUGGAAUGUAACUCGAUUACAAUUGGAAACCAUGUAAAAUCAUUGAAACUUUAAAUUUCUAUCGAUGUUUCAUCAGAAGACUAUGCAAUUAAAAUAUUUUCAGUUUUUCUUUAAGAAUAUAUGAAUACCUUAAGUAUUGAAUAACAUAGUAUUAACUACGUUCGUUUUUAUAAUAUAAACAUGUAUUUUUGAUAUUCGUAACAAGUGUAAUGUGUAUUCUCAUUUUUUUAAAUAUCCGUUUACAUUACUCGUCCACACACACGCACACACAUACGCACUUAUUUACUUAUUCAUUACUCAAUUCCACAUAAUUAUUGUUUCUCAACAUUUUAAAUUGAAGUAGAGCUACUUCUUUUUUCAGUGCCAGCAGCUCCAUUUCUUUUUUAUGUCUCUCAUCCUGUUGGACUUUUAGUUGAGCUGUAUAAUCUUGCU